AUGUUGAAAAAGAUUUUUAACCCUAAAAGAAAACGUCAGGAACCAGGGCGUCAUAACACCAACAAAAUCACACUGGAUCCAGCUUCUGCAGCAAUUCUUUCUCGCCAUUUCUCUCCAUUGUCCUCUAGAGCAAAGUCUCCCUCUGAUUUGCUUGAUAUCGUUGGCUAUCCUCUUGCGACCAACGCUACAAACUAUCACAAGUUUAGUCAAUCUUCACCAGAUUUAUCAACUCCGUUGAACGAACAGGAUGAAAAUAGUAUAACAAUAACUUCGCCCAAUGUUUCCACUGCAGCUAGAGUCGCAGGAGGAGAUACUAAGGCACCCAUAUGUAAUGAACCUAUAUAUCGCCUUACUAUACGAAACAUGACUACACCACUGUCAACAUCAACAUCUUCCCCUGAUUUGACCAGAGAUCAAUUAUUAUUGGAGACGAGUCGGGAGGAUAAAACGUUGGUUGAAAAGGAAGCUCUAGAUCAUACCUUGGAAGUCUACCGCCUACAACAAAAGCUGUUAGAAUUUGAAAAUGAAAGGGAAGCAUGGCAUCAGAAACUGAGAGGCUACAUUGAGCGUGAAGAGCAAAUGAGGAAAAUUAUAAAAGAAAGUCAAUUACAAAUCAAUCAAUUAAAGUAUGGGUAUUACUCUUCAACUACCACACCGUCACGACAUGAUUCAUAUCGUACCAUAUCCACUCAUUCUUCUUCUUGGCCAACAGAGACGGAAGAGGAAGAAUUAGAGGAGGAGGAAGAUCCAGAAGAAGAAGAAAAUUUAGAAGAGGAAAGAAUGCAUUACGAUGUUUAUCAGCAUCACCAUCAACGUCCUUUAUACCAAUUGAAUGAUCAACAUUUAUACCAGUAUUACGAUAAAAGAAGAUAUUACGACUAUCAUUAUUAUCCCCAACAACAUCAGCGUCAACAGCGACAUCAAGCAUGGUCUUCUCAGCAACAGCAUUAUCAACCACAAGAUUUCUUCUAUUACGAAUGA